UAAACAAUUUUCCUGUUUUGUUUUUGAAAAUGUAUUUAAAUUUAUUUGAAAUAAUUUUGUCACAAAUGCAGUGUACUUGGACAAACUUAUAUAGUGGAAAACUAUGAAGCAGCAUCCAAAUAUCUGGCAUAUUUGCAUCGGCCUUUGCGGCUAAAAUUUGAAUAUUUUUCUCAAUCUCGACUUGAAUAAACUCCAUCUUAUUCCAUAUUUAGGAACCAAAUACCUACUAACAUUUCUGAAAGCUUAAAUAUCUCAUAAACAUCAAACACAAACACAAAUUAUGCCCACUGAGAAUUUAAGUAAAAUAAACUAUGUUGCAUCCUAUAAAGAAGAAAAAGGCGAAGGUUCGGAUCUGGUGCACUGAUGUUAACAGAUGAAGACUUUCAAACGGAUUGUCUCUUUAGAGAGCAAGACAAAGAGCUGUUGAGACCAUCAGUUCUCAACAGCUGGAUCAGUCCUAAUUAGCAGAGAGAGAGAGAGAGAGAGAGAGAGAGAGAGAGAGAGAGAGAGAGAGAGAGAGAGAGAGGUGUACACCAGAUGAAGCGCGUCGCCGCCUUUAUUCUUAAAGCUUAGUGCUGCAGAGAGCUUCUCAUUAACUUACUGACAAAUUUUAGUCUAGUUUCCAAGUCAUGUAUUGCCGUCAGUUUGAUUUUAGGUUAUUAUCUUUUUGUGGCUGAGAUGUCACCAAAUGGGAUUAUUUCGAUUUCGAUUCUGGUUUUUCUCUCAUGGCACUGUGCGGCUGAUCGGUGCAACUGGAAUGGAAGCGGUGUGGGUGCUGAAGGAGACUCCAGGACGGUGCUGCAGGUGCGGUUGCGCUGCACACAGGGCUCAGUGCAAUGGGUUUACCCGGGCCAGGCCCUCAGGGUGGUCCUGGAACCCAACCUGUCUCACGCCCGGAGCACCACCGUGUGCAUCAAACCGUCCCGCACCUUCCGCGGGGCCAGUGUGUAUCUUGAACGGGCCGGAGAGCUGGAGCUGCUGAUGGCGGAUGGUGCGCGGCCGGAGCAGGUGUUCUGUUUCUGGGCAGAUGGGCCGCAGAGACCCGCAAUCUACCUCCAAGUCAGUCCACAGAGUGGCAUCAGCCGACCCACGGUGGGCUUCAGAUACGAGCUGAUGGGGAACAUGACCGCCUCCACUUUAGGACACAGUGGGGUGCAGACUUCGUGCCGGCCCUGCAAUGACACUGAACUCCUCAUGGCCAUCUGCAGCAGUGACUUUGUGGUUCGUGGCUUCAUCAAGAAUGUGUCUCAUGACCCCGUGCGGAAGACAUCACUGGUGGAGGUGUCCAGAGGGAGGCUGUACUGGCAGCGCAGCAGGGUGUUUGAGCAAGAAGUGGGCACUGUGGGCACAUCCAGGUCUGUCUCAUCUUGGCACGGACACAUCCACACACUCCUGCAGUGCCAUGUGAAGCCUGGGGGUGGAGAGUUUCUUUUCACAGGGUCAGAGCACUUUGGGGAAGCUUGGUUAGGGUGUGCCCCACGAUUCAAAGACUUCCUGUCUGUCUACCGGACUGCCCGGGCGGCACGUCGGAAUUCCUGUGACUUCCCUUUAGACUAAGGAAGUGUUUUGUGUUAGCCUAGUUUUAGCCUUAUGCAACUCUAUCCUCUGUUCUGGGAAGUAAUUUUAUCUACAGAGAUAAGUUUCUGUUGGGGGUGGGGGGUGAGGUGGGGUGGGUUGUCAUGGAGAUGAGACUGUGCUAUCAAGGUGGCACCCAGCAUCAGGAACCAGCUGGGAUAAAGCUGUUGAGGCACUGGUGAAACACACAUUAUAAGGAGCAGUACAGGGGCCCAGCUGAGCAAGCAGGGCCUCCUGCACCACAGCCUCCCCAGUGGCAAGAGGCUUAGAGGGGGCUGUCCUUUGUUUCUCUCCCAUCACUGCCAUAGUCCUGGGAGACUGAAAAGGGGUUGGGUUGCUGCUUUCUCUUUGUGCUUCUCUCCACACCAGCCACUGUUCACUUUGCUGGCUCUGUUUGACAGUUGCCCUCUGAACUGUGGCAGGAGGGAAUCAAGAGGCUACAUUUAAACAUUCCAGUUUGUCACUGUGGACAGUUUUGGAGUCAACUUGUGCUAGAAAGAAGUCUUUUACAUGCAGCGUUUGAUUGCAAAGAUUUUUUUUUUAUUUUUUUUUUUAUUGUGAGUCAUUUCUGUUUUGUUUUGUAUCACAUAUAGGUCCACUAAAGUGUAUGGACAAUGCUUAAGUUUCAACAAAUCUCUUUUUUGGCCUGUUUAUACUACAGUAGACUACAUAUGCAUAUGCUCUUUUCCUAUGUAAAAUAAAAAUAAAUAAAUAAAAAAACAAUAAUAGUUUUUUUUUUCCAUGUAUGCAGAUAUAAUUAAAA